AAGGUAAGCGACGUCAACAGUCAACACCAAGGAUUGGUGGACGGCGGCAGCGUGACUAGAGCUUUUUGUGAUACUUUCGUAUUACACUGUAUGAGUGUGUAGCCCUCAGCUUCACUGCCUCUGCUGUAGCAAAUACAGGAGACCGUAGAGCACAUAUCCGUGUAGUCUGUAGUAGUGGUCACACUUCCAGUCACUUAGUGCCUUGCCUCACUCGUCCCCUGGCCCUGCCACCAAGAGGAACGAACCAAUAGUCCCUACUGGUUAGAAACUAGUGGCGUCCAGCCAUCACCACACUGCAGCAGGACCACAUUAGUAGCAGGAAUAAAUAAGAGUGCAGUGUAGUGUGAAGCUGAUCACAAUGUUGGUUCAAGCCUGCAACAAGGACUCUCUGCCCAGCCUUAGGGAUUUCACUUUGAUUCUGCCGUCAGUGAGUGUUGGCAAUGCUGGACAGCUGGCAGUGGACCUGCUCAUCACCAACAUGCCGUGUGAGAAGGUGGCAAUUGUGCACCAUACAGCACUGUACCCAUUGGUGGGAGGCAACCCAUAUGAUCCCAACAGCAAAGAGGUCACCACCAGUGCUGACUUGUACCUACUUGCCUCUCAGUCCUUGGCUGUGAUGCAGAUCCGGGCACCACUAAUCAGGACGGAGCGGCAAGCAUUCCUGGUGGAGCUGACAGACUGGUGCAAGGCCGGGGUGCGGGAGAUAGUGAUGUUUGCAUCCUGCAAUGCUUAUGAGCGCUGGGACAAUAGCCAGAUGACCGGCCCACAGCUGCGUUACCUCACUUCCAGAACAUCACAGCAGAACAUAAAAGAUCUUCAGUCUGCUGGGGCUUUAGAGCUUGAGAAAUGCACAGAUGAACAUGGAGUUGAGCAGCCUUUCCUCUCAGGCAGUGGAUUUGUAAAGCACUUUAUGGAGGUCUGUGACCUCCCCACCACUGUGCUCAUCAAGUUUGUCGAGGAGGGAGACAACUCAAUGGAUGCUGUGAUGCUCCUCAACUUUCUCAGUUCCUGGAAGAAGCUGGUGGAGAGGGAAAACAUAGCGUGGAAGAUGCCGUUUUCCUGGAAAAACAUGUUUGGUAGACCGACACCAAGGGAGAUCUACUGAAUUACCCACAUGGAAGAGCAUGGUGUCUCUUUGUUGUGACCAUGAAACUUGUUAAUUAUUUGUCCAGCAAAAUGUCAUGAAAAUUGCAUUCUGGUAAUGAAAAUUGUGGAGAGAGAGAGAGAGAGAGAGAGAGAGAGAGAGAGAGACUGUCCUCUACCAUCCUAUAAUCCAUGGGUGUAGCAGCUGAGUUACAGAAGCAAUGUUAUAUCAAGGCAUGGUGGCUUUGUGGUUGUAUAAGUACUGAAUAGUACAGAGAAAUUGUAGAACUGAUUUUUACUUUGCUUCUCUGUACAUCACACCCUGGUGCUCAUUUAGGAUAUGUUCUCUCUCUCUCUCUCUCUCUCUCUCUCUCUCUCUCUCUCUCUCUCUCUCUCUCUCUCUCUCUCUCUCUCUCUCUCUCUCUCUCUCUCUCUCUCUCUCUCUCUCUCUCUCUCUCUCUCUCUCUCUCUCUCUCUCUCUCUCUCUCUCUCUCUCUCUGAGGUUAUUGUACACUAUAUAUGAGGCACUUAGUGUUGGAAGUGCAAAUCCCCACAAAAUGAGGUUUUGAGAUAUUUGACAUUUGAAAUAUAUUAGUUUGAAUUUAUUUUACUCUUGUGGGCCAACUCCAGCCAUAACUUAUUUUUAGAUAUUUUCAUUUCAAUAUUUGUUUUUAAAAUUUGGUAGAAAAUUUCAUGAAGAUAGUUGUUUUUCAAAUCAAUACAUGCUAGUGAAGAUUUUUUUAUUGGAAAAGCAUGUAGUAUUAUCAAUAAAUUGUUUCUUUU